AUGCGUUUCCGUCUCCCCGAAAGCCCCCUCGAGCUUCGCGUCACCUACCGCCGGCUACGAAAAUGCACCGGGCGACGCAAACUAUUGCUUCAACUGUUGUUUCCCGUCCCAUGGCAUUUCGCGAUUCCCCCACAGUCGCCGCCCAGCUACUACGAGUCGAUAGACGAGAACUCGCUGCAGCCAAACAUGAUGAUGCUCCGUUGGAUCCCCCUCUUUCGCAUGCGAGAUACACCGCUGCGAUCGUUGUAUCGUCUAUACGAGGACCUUUGUGCCAAGGACCUCAUCAUGAUGGGCUACGAGGCCGACUACUUCUUUAACCAUACAGACAAAAAAUGGAAGCUAUGCCAAAUGCCCGAUCCGCAAGAUCCAGAUCCGACUCGAUAUGCUGUUCUCGCCAGCAUGGUGGAGGCCCUUGUUUCUUCGUUCAAUUGGAAACUGGAGGUCGGGUUAAGACGGGACGGAACGCACAACGUUGAUGGUAUUAAAGAAGCACUCCACCUAGAGACGCGGCCGGCCUGGACGGCCGACGUAAAACCUUUGCCGGAGACACUCCGCCUUGGGGGUUCGAGGGAAGUGCAUGGUGCUAGUGCAGACUUUCUGAGGAGAAAUAUCGAGGCGCCCAUGGGCUACCUGUACAACGUUUGA